AUGCCUCCAGACAACACCAUCUUCAAUGACACAGACACCUAUUGUGAAAAGAGUAAUAUCAUGGAAUUUGCUAAGACUUUCUUGCCAACAUUUUUCUGCCUUGUGUUCUCUUUGGGCACAUUAGGAAAUGCCUUAGUUAUCCUUGUCUACUGCAAACACAGGUUCAGGAAGAGCAUGACUGACAGAUACCUAUUGCACUUGGCCAUUGCUGAUCUACUUUUCCUCUCAACGCUCCCUUUCUGGGCAAAAGCAGCUUUGGAUGGUUGGAUCUUUAAGAAUGUUAUGUGUAAAAUUGUCAAUAGCAUGUAUAAGAUCAACUUUUACAGCUGCAUGCUGUUUCUGAUGUGCAUUAGUAUUGAUCGGUACAUUACAAUUGUGCAGGCAAUGAAAGCAAAGAACUCUAGACGGAAGAGGCUCUUCCGCAGCAAAGUUAUUUGCUUUGCUGUCUGGCUGACUGCGAUAAGUUUGUGCAUCCCAGAAAUAGUAUACAGUAAAGUUAAGCAAGUCAGUGAUACAACUACAUGCAAAAUGAUGUACCCCACCACUCUUAACACAUCCAUCAAAGUUAUUCUCCUGUCUUUGAAAAUCACAAUAGGGUUCUUACUUCCCUUUCUUGUCAUGGUUGUUUGUUACACUCUUAUAAUCCGUACCCUUCGUCAAACCAAAAAAUCCCAAAAACGCAAAUCACUGAAAAUCAUUGUCAUCAUCAUCACAGUUUUCCUCCUCUCUCAGUUUCCCUAAAAUAUUGUUUUGAUGGUCAAAACCAUUCAUACGUAUACCAUGGUCAGAUAUGACUGCAAAACUGCGGACGCCAUGGACAUUGGAUUCCAGAUAACUCAGAUCAUCGCUUUCUUUCACACCUGCCUCAACCCUGCCCUUUAUGUGUUUGUUGGGCAGAGAUUCCGUAAUGCUCUCAUUCAAAUUCUGAAGAAUGCAGCUCACUGUAGCAGUAAGAGCAAGGAGCAUGUCACCUCCCCAUGGGAUAGCCAAGAACGGAGCUCAGUGUGGUCAUCUACAAUGGUUGGGGGAUUAAAAAUCAGAGGUACUUUUAUGGACAGCACUGAGCUGGAGCUCUAA